AUGGCCAGCAUCGCCGCGGCCGGAGCCGCGGCCGCGGCCAUAGGCAUGUGGUACUCGCAGCGACGCCAGCCGACCGUGAGCGAGUUCACCGAGCCGCCCACGAACUGGGGGGAGGCCAUGCUUCGGCUCCACGAGGUUGUGCGCAUCUCGUGGAAGGAGGCGUUGUCCAAGCUUGGGGUGUGGAGGCUUGAUCACCUGCUCGCCAUCAGGCACCUUUCCAACAGGGACAUGAGCGCCGAGAUCGCGGCUGAUGCCGCGCGGUGCGGCACACUCGUGGAGGACGGCGACGAGUGGAUCGAAAAGCUGGACGCCAUCGCGCUCGCCGCCGGGUACAACCGAACCCUCCGCGGCGCGCGCAACCUCGAGCAGAUCGUCGCGAAGCUCGACCCGUCGCGAGCCGACAUUCUCAUGAGCCAACUUCGGCCCGCCAUCCUGCAACCCGCGUACAUCCUGGUCAGGGAUCGCGUCGAGAAGAAGCUGUUCUUCGUCAUCCGAGGCACGCACUCGGUGAGGGACACGGUGACGUCGUUAACCGCAAACUCCCGGCCGCAUCACGCCAUCGGCGAGGACGGAGCGCCCGUGCUCGGACACGCGCACGCGGGUUUUUUAUCGACGGCGCGGUGGCUGGUGAAGACGUGCAAAAACGACCUCGCGGCGGCGAAGAGCGCCAAUCCGGGGUACACCCUGACCGUCGUGGGUCACAGCCUCGGCGCGGGGACGGCGGUGCUGCUGACGCAGAUUCUCCGCGAGCAAGACGGGGGCAACGCCCCGGGGAACCCGUUUGCGAACGUCGAGUGCAUAGCUUUCGCGUGCCCCUCCUGCCUGUCGCGGGAGCUCUCCGAGUCGUGCCGUUCGUUCGUCACCACCCUGGUGUCCAACGCCGACAUCGUCCCGUACGUGAGCUUCAGCAAGGUAUCCGAGCUCCAGUCGCAGAUCGUGAGCGCCGCGUGGGAGCAGCAGGUGCUGAAGAAGUGGAGGGAGACGACUCGCGCUUUAAGUUGCGUCGCGCCUCGGGCCAGUCGGUCGAACCUCGGUCCGGCCGACACCGCCGCCGCCCGCAGGGGCGCCGUCGACAGGGGCCCGCACUUCCUCUGCCAAGUGCCGGGUUCGCUGACGUGCGGGUUCGGGGGUCCGCCUCGCGUACGUACCUCGAGUCACUCGGAGGGUCACUCAUCAGAGGGUGUUGUUUUGGACUCGCAAGCGUUUGACGUGGCGCACCUCCCGGGCGCGGCGGCGGGGGGAAACUUUCGCCCGAGGCGAUGGCUCGGCGCGCAGCUCCGAUCGCUGACGCGGGGGUUCGAGAACGGGGGUAAGGGGGGAAAGCUGAAGCAACUCGCGGGGCUGGGCGGCGCGCUCAUCGCCGGCUGCGUCGCGCCCAGAAAACCGGCGACGCGAAUUCCCGACGCUUAUACUUUGGAAGACUCCAGGGCGUCAACCGGGCGCGUCAACCGGGAGGAGGAGCGAGAGUCCCCGCGGACGCAGACGAUGGCGACGGCGCGCGGCGCGUGGCCCGCGGAGAGCCCGAGCGCGUCGAGCGCGGCGGCUCGCGAGGCUGCCGCCGGAGCCGCUCGUCCGGUUGAUCGUUCGGAAAAGUCAGAGACGGAAAAGUCGGGGGGUCACCCAGAGACGUCGACGGGAUGGGACCCUGAUCGCGCGCCGCGCGCCGACGACGACCCGCUUCCGCAGUGGACCGCCGAGCUCGCGUCCGCGCGCGACCUGGUGCUCGAGCUGGACGAGGACGAGGAGUUACUCGCGCGGGCGCAGGGUGAGGCGGCGCAGGAGGUGCUCCGCCUGCAGGAGGAGCUCAGCGUGAUCCACGCGGCGGAGAUUCGGAGCGCCUCGCGAGCGGCUUCGACGGCGGGGGGCGACUCGGACUCGGACGAGGAGGACCGCUCGCCGCUCGCCGCGCCAAAGGCGAGUUGGAGCAGCAUGGCGUCGCUGCUGGGACCCGGCGCGCCCGCGGACGUCGUCGCCGCCGCCGACGAGGUCGAGGCGGCUAUCCAGGGACCGGAUGAGAUUAGGCCGGGGAGUUACGAACCGCGGGGCGCCGGAGUUAAGGGUUUAAGCGGUUUAAGCGGCGAGGACGACGACGCGGACGACGUCAGGGGGCAACAGCUCCUGGCGCAGCACGUGCUCGCCGAGCGCAUAGCCACCGGCCGCGGCGGCAGCGACUGGAGGGCGGUCCAGCUGGAGCGCCGCGCGUCGCGCGGGUCUCUCGUCGGGUCGGACAACGAGGGCGCGAAUUCGGAGGACACGGCUUUCACGGUGAAGCUGUACCCCGCGGGACGGAUCCUUCACAUGGUUCGAGCGGAUGCGACUCCCGUGGACGCGAACGGCGGCGUCGGCGUCGGGGACGAGUCGUCUCGGGGGGAGGAGCCCGUCGCGGCGGCGCCCGGGAGCGCCGAGUGGAGGGCUCGGUUUCGGAUGUACGCGGAUGUCUCGGUGGACAUGUACGACUCCAUCAAGCUCUCGAGGACCAUGCUGUCGGACCACUUCCUGCCAAAGUAUCUGGAGGCGCUGGAGGAUGUGCUCUGGAGCAUGAAGAAGAAAAAAGAGGACGAGGCGGUGGCAAGGGCGACGGAAAGGACGUGAGCGCUCGUGAUAUAUCACCCGACGAUUUUCGUUGC